AUGAGCGCGACGACCAGGUCGCAGCUUCGUGAGCCUCUACGACCGCAUGUAUCACUACUACAAACGGAUGCGCGUGGGAAGUUUGAGCUCCCACCAUUGAAGCACGUAUCAAAGCCAGACGAGGUUCGUGGCGCAGGCCGGCCGCGGUCGGUAGCGUCGCCAGGCCCCAUAGGAACAGAUGUCAAGGUGCAUUCUGUUCAAACUGACCACAAACUAGCGUCGAAUCCCUUUGUUCAGCAAGCAGCAGCACAAGCACGAGAAGCUGCUGCUCAUGUAAAUGAACGAUCCCCUUAUCGCGGACGUGGCCGAGAAAAUCGUCCUAUUCAUCCGUCGGCCGCGGGCGCUGUCACGACAAAAGCAGGUGGAAGUAAGCCAGAGACGGGCUUUGCUGCGGCUCGUCGAUUGUUUGCUGCGCCUGCGUCGCAGGAGUCGUCGGUUAUGAGCCGCAGCAAGACGGCACGCAAAAUCAGCGAAGCUUCAGGCGCAUUGGGUACCUCACGCAUUCGCCUAUCGCGCCAGAGUCUUGCGUCAUUUCCGAGCGUAGAAGCCAAUGUGAGCAAGGCUUCUUCUGGGACAUCUGUCACAGCCACUACAGCAGCAGCAGCAGCAGCAGGAGUGGCUGGGGCUGGGGCUGGGGCUGCCGGCAGCACUAGUGCAUUAGGGACUCGGAGUGUCCUUCCGUCCAUGCCCGAGCACGCCAGCAGUGUAAGCGGACUUGGUGGCGGAAGCAAGUGGCUCGAGCAAGAACGCGAUAAUAUUCAGGCAUACGAGUACUUGUGUCACUGCAGUGAGGCUCAACAGUGGAUGGAGCGGUGCAUUGGAGAGCCGCUGGGCGGCGACAUUGCGAACAUGGCAGAGGAGAUGCGGAAUGGCAUUGCGCUUGCCAAGCUCGCCAAGUCCUUUGAACCAGCGUGUGUGCCGCGGAUCUUUGUGCACCCGAAGCUGCAGUUCCGUCACACGGACAAUAUCAACUACUACUUCCAGUUUGUUGACAAGAUCCGACUUCCGAAUUGCUUCCGCUUUGAGCUGACAGAUUUGUACGAGAAGAAAAACUUUCCCAAGGUUGUGUACUGCUUGCAUGCACUGAGUCACUUUAUGGCGCACCACGGUCGCUCCGAUAAGGUCGACGAUCUCGUCGGCAAGCUGGAAUUCAAUGAAGAGCAGCUAUGCAAGACACAAAAGACGAUUGAUGCGGCUGGUAUCGCGAUGCCAAGCUUUGGUGGCGUUGGCCAGGCACUUGCACAGGAGAUCGGCGCUGGCGCCAGUGCAUGUGGAAGUGCCGACGCAAGGACGGCGGGCGCGAGGCGUGCGGGAGCCAAUGCCAGCGAUGUGCGUGCGUCGUCUGUGCAACGAGCUCCCGAGGCAUCGACGCUUGUGACGCAGCGUGCCCAUCUGAGGCCGGUGCCUGCGUCGCCCACCAAAGCCAAGACGGCGACAGCGACGGCCAUAGCGACAGGCGCAGCACCCCAUAGCGUCGCGUCGCUCCGUGCCCACCUCAAGCCUGUCGACAGUGAGCCGACACUCCGGUCCACCGACCCGCGUGCACGGGAUGCCUUGGAUCGCGAACGCGAACGCGAGCGAGACCAUGAUCGACAACGCGAUCGCGAGCGCGAGCGCAUCGCACGGAUGGAAGAACGCGAACGUGCGCGUGUGCAGCGUGAACAGCGCGAGCACGAGCAGCAAGAACGCGAACGCGAGCGCAUCAGGCUGCGCGAGGAGCGUGAGCGGCGCGUGCAGGAGCUCGAGCGCGAUCGUGUGCAGAAGCGCAAGGAUCAGCAGCUCGAGCGGGAGCGCGAGCGCGAGCGCCUGCGUCUCGAAAGCCAGCGCGAGCUCGCAGACGACCGCGAGCGUCGAGAGCGUCUGUACCUGAAUGCGCGUACAUCGACGCAGCGCGAGCUGGCUCUGCAGCGCGAGCAUGAGAGUGCGCUGCGCCAGCGCAUGGAAGAGCGCAUGCGCGAGGCCGAGGACCGUGCUCGUGCGCAAGAGCAGGCACGCGCCGACGAGCGGGAGGAGCGCUUCAAGCGUGAGCUCGAGUACGAAAUACAGCGGAAGCGCGAGAUGGACGCGUAUGCAGCGGAGCUCGCGGCUGCGCAUGCCGAGACGGCCGCCGUCGAGGCGCGCCUGCUCGCCCUUACAGAAGAGGCUGCACGCCGCGAUGCCGCAGAUCGCGCCCGCGCCGAGACACGGCUGGCCGUCCCACUGCAGGCGGCCGUACGUGGUCUGCUGGCGCGGCACGCGCACAACGCACGGCGCAUGCCGAUCCGCUCCCAUGCCGCGACGUGGACACAUCUGCAGGCACAUGUGCGAGGCGCGCUGGUGCGCCAGGCGCUCUACACGACGCUCAGCAGCCUCGAUGACAUCUGGGCCGUGCAAAUGCAGGCGGCAGUGCGUGGCAUUCUCGCACGGCGCUCGCUGUAUGCGACGAUCAUGCAGGCAGAGGCCCAUGCCGACUCUAUCACGCACAUCCAAGCUAUGGUGCGUGGCAUGCUCGCUCGACGCGCCCUGCUCGCCAAGAUGCGUGCCAUGGACGAGAGCAUGGCAUGUGCGACGGGCCUGCAGGCUGCCGUGCGCGGUGCCCUCGCUCGACGCGCCUUUCGGCAGAUGCGCAUGGCGUUUAGCCGCGUGGCGGUCGUCAAGGCAGGCAGCCCGGCAUCGGGUUUGGCAACAAUAGGCACGUCCAGAGGACCGGCGGCGUCAGGAACGUCAGGAACGUCAGGAGCCUCGGGAGCCUCGGAAACCUCACGAGCAUCAAGAGUGUCAGGAGCGCCCGUGUCUGUCCGUGCCUCGCUGUCCCGCAAAAAGCAUCACCAAGAGCUCCGCAAGCGCAUGGAGUAUGUGCGGCCGGACGUGAGCGGCAUCCAAGCACAGAUUCGCGGCGUCCUUGUGCGCCAGGACUACUCGUGGUGGCAGGCCCAUCUGCACGGCAGCGUGGAUGUCGUCGUGUACCUGCAGGCGAUGCUGCGUGGUGUGUUGGCGCGGCGGGCGUUUGACGAUGGCCUAGGCCGCUAUCUCGCGCAUGUGCCCGACAUUGUGCGCGUGCAGAGCCUGUUCCGCGGACGGCGCGCAAGUGCGCACUACCAGGCGCUGCUGCGGGGACACCAUGUGCCGCUCGAGACCGUACGUGUGUAUGCGCACCUGCUGGACGACGGCAGCCGCGACUACGACGACGAGGUGCAGCUCACGCAGAUGCGCACGCAGGUCGUCCAGCGCAUCCGCGAGAACCAGUCGAUGGAGACGCACGUCGCUGAUCUUGACCGGAAGAUCGCGUUGCUCGUCAAGAACCAGAUCGGCAUCGAAGAAAUUGUCAAGGCCAAGACCGAGCGCGGCUGGCUCGGCGCCGGCUCGGCGACGGCACGCGACCACGUCUUGACACAGGCAAAUGACCCCUUUGCCGAGCAU